AUGAAUGGCGAUUCCGGGGGACCAUUAGUGCAGUACGUGUCGGGUCGGGCGGUACUGAUUGGAAUAACUCACGGUUCAACUAGUGUUGGUAACAUUGCUGGGCCAAACUUUAAUAAAUCGAUCAUCCACUUCCUUCAAUUCUUUGACCAAUUGGAUCAGCUCGAGCUCUUCGGACGGCGUUAUAUUGGCGCUGUGGCUAUCGAUAAUAUUUUUAAACAAGUCCGUAAACAGAAUCAUAUUAGACAGGGGUUGGGGCCGAUACAAGGGCUGGAGUUUGACGUACUCUCGUAG